UAAAAUGCUGCAUUUGAUUUGUUAAACCUCCCCACUCCCUCCCCAUAUAUAUAUAUAUAUCCUCCAUACACAAAACCCCUGCGGUCACAACGCUGUCUUCAACCCCCACCUUAUCGAAAUCCCCCCUCCCUCUAAAAAAAUCUUGUGCCUUUGUGUCCAUAGAAAACAAUAUCUUCUCGUUUUUUCUUCUUUUGUGUUACCAAAAUGGAAUUAACAAACGGAGAACUGAUCAAGGCUGAUGCCCAAGAGAAACUAGGAAUUAACGUAGCAGAGGCAAACGGAGUUGCUGAUGGAAAUCUCGUUAAGGAGAUUAUUCAAACAGGAUCGGCGAAGGAGAAUCUCUCCAAAUCCGUCCAUCCCUCUCCAAAUUCAAACUCAGAUUUUAACUGCGAUGAUCCAGCUGGAGAUAUCAAACCUGCACAAAAGUAUCAACAAGAAGACGGUUUCUGCGAAAUAGAGAUGGAGGAGGAGAAACAAGAUUCAGCAACCGAGAUAUUGUCCUCAGACGAUGCCGUUGAAAGAAUCGCGCUAACCGGAAAUCACGUGGAGAAAGAAGAGAAUGACGAUAUUAUAGCUGUUUCACCCAAAGCCAACGGCUAUAUGCAGGUAAUCCAGCCUGAUAUUCAUCUCCCAAUGCCAGAGGCACCUCCAGGUCUCUCACCUUCAUCUACACCUUCUCCACAACAAAACGACGACGUUGUAACCCAAUCCAAAUCAUUGCCUAAUAGUUUCACGGUCGUCGACAUGCCGUCCAUCGGAAAAUUCAUCAAGGACAGAAGCAGCAGCUUAUCAGCAUCGAUUUCAAAAAGAUUUUCCUUUUUCAAGUCCGAUGACGGUGAUGAUUAUAACAUGGAUCAUAAGGUGAACUCAUUCGACUCGGGCGUGACAAGGUUCAACAUAGCGGGACUCAAAGUUACAGUGAAGCUCAAAAAGGAAGACGAAGAGGAACAGAUUAAAGGACGGAUAAGUUUCUUUUCAAGGUCAAAUUGCAGAGACUGCACGGCAGUCCGUUCGUUUUUUAGAGAGAGAGGAUUAAAGUUUGUUGAAAUCAACAUUGACGUGUAUCGGCAAAGAGAGAAAGAGUUGAUUGAGAGAACCGGAAAUUCUCAGGUGCCGCAGAUAUUUUUCAACGAGAAAUUGUUUGGUGGUUUGGUGGCUUUGAAUUCGUUGAGAAACAGUGGAGGUUUUGAGAAGAGGUUGAAGGAGAUGCUAGAAAAGAAAUGUUCAGGGAAUGCGCCGGCACCACUGGUGUAUGGAUUUGAUGAUCACGAGGAGGAACCAAAGGACGAGAUGGUUGGGAUAGUGAAGGUUUUGAGGCAGAAAUUACCAAUCCAGGAUCGUCUGAUGAAGAUGAAGAUUGUUAAGAAUUGUUUUGCUGGGAAUGAGAUGGUCGAGGUGAUCAUUCACCACUUCGAUUGCGGCAGGAAGAAGGCUGUUGAGAUUGGUAAGCAGCUGGCCAGGAAGCACUUCGUUCAUCAUGUUUUUGGGGAAAAUGAUUUUGAAGAUGGGAGCCAUUAUUAUCGUUUCAUUGAGCAUGAACCAUUUAUUCCCAAAUGCUACAAUUUUAGAGGGUCUACCAACGACAGUGAGCCUAAGCCCGCCGUUGUGGUUGGACAAAGGCUUAACAAGAUAAUGUCUGCAAUACUAGAGUCACAUGCAUCUGAUGACAGGUGCCUUGUUGAUUAUGCCGGCAUCAGAAAAAGCGAGGAAUUCCGAAGAUAUGACAAUUUGGCUCAAGAACUUCACAGGGUGGAUGUCCUAAAGCUGUCACAAGAUGAGAAACUGGCUUUCUUCUUGAAUUUGCACAAUGCCAUGGUCAUCCACGCUGUAAUUAGAGUGGGGUCUCCAGAAGGGGCAAUUGAUAGGAGAUCCUUCUAUUCCGACUUUCAAUACAUUGUAGGAGGAUCUCCCUACUCCCUAAAUACAAUCAAGAAUGGAAUUCUCAGAAGCAACAGAAGAUCUCCCUACUCAUUAGUGAAGCCUCUUGGCACCGGAGACAAACGCUUAGAGGUCGUUCUUCCUAAAGUGAAUCCAUUAAUUCAUUUUGGGCUCUGCAAUGGCACAAGAUCAAGCCCCACAGUGAGGUUUUUCACACCCCAAGGAAUUGAAGCUGAAUUGAGAUGCGCUACAAGAGAAUUCUUCCAACGUAAUGGAAUUGAGGUGGACUUGGAAAAGAGGACAGUUUACCUUACACGGAUUAUCAAGUGGUUCAGUGGUGAUUUUGGGCAAGAGAAAGAAAUUCUGAGGUGGAUUAUCAACUACUUGGACGCAAAUAAAGCAGGUCUACUGACGCAUCUUUUGGGAGACGGGGGCCCUGUUAACAUUGUGUACCAAGAUUAUGAUUGGUCUAUCAAUGCUUACGUAUCUUAAGAGUGCCGUUGUCUGGAGAUUUUGGUAGAGAGGAGCUGCACUGGCCAGGAAUAUCUGUAUAUAAUACCAUAAAAUUCAAAACCCGUUACCUUGCCAUGAUCAGAGGUUUGAGAUCAGAAGAAUAUAGGAAAGUUAUUGAUUUACAAGUAGUGUAAACCAUGGUGACAGUAUAAACCACUGUUGUCACUUUGUGUUUGUUUCUAAGUGCAAACAUUCUUGAUAGACGUUGAAAGGAAAGUAAUACUGCUGGAAUACUCAAACUUUCUGCAGUUAGCUUUCAUAUUUUCUAGUUCA